AUGCAGCUUCCAGUGCAUUUCGGUCGCCUGGGAGCUCCCAAGACAUUACGCAUGGUGAAGCAGAAAGAGCUGAAGCUUCCGGAAGGACUGGGGGGAAUGGCUAACAUCCGGAGCAAUUUUCACCGACAAGAGUUCAAUCAGCUGCAACUCGGGGACUCACUCAGCCAGUUGACUUCGUUGGCCCAGCUUGACCUGGAUUUCAUUUCUGAUGAAGAGCUUCCUGAGGUGAUUGGGAAGCUGGAUCAGCUGCGUCAGCUGCACAUGCAGUGCUGCUUCAAUCUCAGAGAGAUUCCAGGUUCCAUCACACAGCUGAAUAACUUGGAGACCCUCACAAUUGGGAUGUGCUGGCAGCUCGUGUCACUCCCAAAGAAGCUGGACAGCCUUAUAAAGCUCAGACGCCUGGAGCUGAUCGGGUGCCACAAUGUCAUGUGGCUGAACGGAGCUCCUAUCUCCUUCCCUUCCUUUCUCGAGUCCCUCACCCUGGGUAGCUACGACCAUUCCAUUUUUCUGCCAGACCUCCCUGUGCUGCCGUGUCUCAAGAAGCUGACAUUGAAUUUGGUGGAGUGUGGAAGAGCUUGUGUGUCUAAACCCAAUGCAUUGCCGCGGUUAGAGCAUCUUGAAUUGGUGUUGGCAGACGACGCAGAGGAGCUCGCAUUUCCUUGGUCUUCCCUGCCCCACCUGAGGAUUUUGGAGAUCUCCAGGGCUAAUGACAUUGAGGCGCUUCCAAGAAGCAUCUGCUCGGGUCAGAAGCAGCUGCGGCGUUUGCAGAUAGAUAAUGCAUUGGAGCUGAAAGUGCUGCCAGGAACGAUCUCUCAGCUCCACCAUCUGACCUCCUUAAAGGUUCAUGCUCCCAAGCUGGCCUCCCUUCCCGCCAGCAUUGGUGCACUAGCCAGGCUCAGGGAGUUGGAUCUCUCUGAGUGCUCUGCCCUGAAGCAGCUCCUCGGGUUUGGAAGCGCUGGUGUUCAAUCUCGCCCUCCAAUCUCAGGGUUUUCCACCAAUGGAUCCUGGUGUUGUAGCAUGAGGCGAUUCAUGUUCUUCUCCGUCGCCUUCGCUCUAUGUCUUCUCGCGACGCUGCCCGUGAAAUCAGCCACCCCGUCGCUGCGGGGGCUAGAGAAGCUUACAGCGGGUUUGAAGAGCAACAAGUAUUACAGGGACUUUCAGGAGAAGCCGCGUCAGCUGCAAAUGGUUCGGAUGCGGAACGAAGGAAAAAAUUAUGUGACGAAGCAAUCCGCCAAUAAGAUGGCCAGCUACACCAAGAUGUGA